UGCAAUGAUUUUCAAGCGGGCGGUGUAUGAGGCCAGAAGGAGACCCAAACUCAUGUUCAGAAUCAAAACCAAAAGCACGCUGAAGGACAUACCCAAUGUACCAUGGCCUCGUACCCCAACAGAGCGCAUGCUAGUAGGCCUGUUUGAUUGCAGUGCAGGACAGUUCUUAGGCAUUUUGGAGGCACUUUGGGACAGCACCACACGCCCACUACAGAUGAAGAUGCCAGAUGAUCCAGAGCUAGUGGAGGUUUUCCUUGAACUCCUUUCUGCUGGCAUCACUAUAUUAUCUGGAGUCACAAGCACUGAAGAGAAAAAGUGUGAGGACAGGCCAUGCCUCUCUCCUAUUGUAUUGACACCAACAUCAAAUCUGUUGGAUUUAGCCGUUGCAGGAGAAAACAAAAUACCCAUCAUCUCUGCAGUGAGGUUCAUCAAGCUCUUGUUUCAGUAUAAACAGCUUGAUACAUUUGGUGAACUUGCCAGAGAGAUGCUGCAGGUUCUGCCUAGUGUGGAAGGUCUGACUUUCAGGAAGCCUGAGCGAGAACUUACUUUGCUGUACAAUUAUAAACUUUUGCUGUCAUCUCAGAGGAACAUUCCUUUGGAGGACAAUAUGAAUGGUGACAGACACAAGUCUUCGUUCUCCAUAAGUGAUGAGCUCACUACUUUGGUAGACAACUUGUACAAGUCUGUUUGUGGUUGUACUUAUGAGAUGCAGCCAGAUGGGGAUCUGGUGGUAGAUAUUGUGUUAUUUCUGUGGGGUAAGGUGAAGGUGAUGCUGCAGAGGGAUCAGCUACAAACACACAUUACACAUGACUCAAAGAAGGUGGAUAAUUAUGAUACGUGGGUGUGGUGCCUGACUAUGCUGUGUGAAGUGGCCUGGGCUUGUGAUCUAGCAAAUGUUGACUGUAUAACAACGGCUGAAAUGUUCCUUACACUGGGGAUAGUGCUAGAGAGCGCAGCAGUUCAUGAAAGAGACCAGGAUGAUGUGAAACUAAGCUCUUUCUCUCUUCUUGAGAGUUCAGGUACUGAGGUACUUCAGAAGGUGUGUGAGGUGGUGAACAGGGGUCAGGAAGCUUUGGCAAAAGGUGUAGCUACACUGUUGCCCCAAGAUUGCUCAGCUCUCACAAACUCUGCUGUCAUACAGAAAUUCCAUCCAUUGGCUGCGUCUACAUGUCCUUCAGCAUCAGUAGAGCGAAAUGAAGAAGAUGAAAGCGGGAAGGAAAAAGAAGAACUGGAGGGUAGGGCAGAAUUAGAUUCUGUCAGCAAUAGUCGACAUACUCAGUCUACAUAUAUGUUUCUGCUGGCCAAAGACCUUUAUCAAGAGCUGGACAUCAUCCACCACAGGGCUUCACUCAAGCUACUGCAGAUGAAUGCAGUUUCAGAGUCUGAACUUUUGGAUCGUAUCAAAAGGAACAGGGUGUCCAAAGCUCUUUUUCUUAUCCAAAAAGCCUUGCUGGUGUACAACGACAUGGGACCAAAUGACAGCAGCCAAACUGAAAGUCUCCUAGAGGAGGCCUCCAUCCUGCUUGAAAAAGCAGGGAUUGAAGAGAGAAAGAUGUACAUGUCCACCUCUUCUAGGAUUGAGGUGGAAAACAGAGGAAUGAAGGAGGGCGAAGUAAACCCACCUCCUCCUCCAAUCUUAAUGUCACAUGAAGCCCACUCCUUCACUUUUGCCACAGCACCUUAUAACUCGAAGGAACAGGUGUGUUGGUACCAGCUUUGUGGUCGAGUAGCUGAGGGCAUAACCCAGAAAGUCCGCCUUGGAGACUGCAGCCUGCCAGGAACUGGAGAUAUGGUACCAGCAGUAUCUGGUGACUGUGUACUGAGGGUAACGGGCCUGGAGCCCAACCUGAAGUAUGUGUUUGCUGUAGCAGCCUACAACAACCAGGGAAAGCUAUUAGGCAACACUAUAGGAAGGUCCACAUUGCCCCUGCUGACAUGCAUGUCUGUACCACUUCUCUCAGCAUGGGCUUCCUUGGCUGAGGUUGCAUUUCAAAUGGAACAGUAUGCUAUAGCCAAGAGAGCCUGCAGGGAGCUAUGGAGCCACUUUACCUAUCCCAACUGCGAGUCCUGCGGCACACAGGACAGACAUACUACUACAGGACUGCAUAAAGAAACCCUACAAUACUACUCUCCUUACCUAUGCCAGUUGUUCCACACUUCCAUCUUCAUCGAAACAGAGAUCAACAUUCAGCAGAGAUCACUUUGUUGUCACUCAAUCUCUGAUAAUGGACCAUUUGUUUGGGAACAGGAAGCCAGACUGGCAGAAUGCGAGCGAAUGCUGGUGGCCAUGGACAGUGCAAUGUGUUUGAAUGAUGGUAGCGCUGCUGUGCAAUCUGUAGUUAGCUGCUAUAGCCUCUUGGCACCUCUAAUCUUCUAUCAGAUCCCCUGCGAGCCUGUGGUGCAAGUGCUAAAAAAAUGCUUGAUAGUUUUGGAGGUAAAUUCAACUCUCCUCAAACAGAGAUGGACUGGACGCAUUGCAAAGUCAUUAAUGCACAUGGUAGCAUGCAUUACCUACUACCUCUCAAAGGCAUUACAUGUGCUACACAAUCAUCAGAUGGCUGCAGCAGUGAUGGACUGCGGUCACAGGCUACUGCAGGAGGUCUCUGAUGCCCAGCGGCAAGUCGGUAGACUCUCCAAUCAAACUAAGAGUUGUAAAACAGUAGCGCAAGCUGCAGUCAAGAGAGAAACAGACUUACUACUAAAGGCACUGUAUAGGACAAACAAAAAAAGAACCCUAUCUGAAGCAGCCACCGCCACAGACAAUGAGAUUUCACGCCCACUGACUGGCUGUGAGGAUCCUAAUUUACUGUUUGAUCUGAUCGCCAGCAGCACAUUAAAGGACGCCUACCAAUGUGUGAUGAAGUUCAGAGGCAAGCCGUUUUUUAUUGAAUAUGCAGCUCUUCUACUCCAGAGGACCAUGGACGAUGGCCAUCCGGACCUUGUCAUAAACUGGGGUCAAAGCAUGUUUCAUUAUCUUUCCAGGCGUGAUGAAGUGAUUGGACAAUCUGGAAAAUAUGUGGAGGGGAAUAAUCAUAGUAAAAGAAAAGGCAGUGUUCACACUCUGAAAGGAAAUGAACUCCCCCAGAAAAAGAACACACAUUCACAAGAUGAAGCAAGAAAAAAACUAAAGCAGAAAACACCAACUAACAGGGAGCUGCAGAUUAUGGAGAACCUGCUAAACAAAAUGUCGGCUGUGGUGCAAUGCUACAAGAAGCGGCGUCAGCUGAGGAACAUGUCCCACGAAGAGAGACUGUGGAGGUCUCACCUCAACUACAUCACGGCCCAGGCACAUUUGACAAUACUUCAUCAGGGCCUGGACCAGCUACAUGGAGAAGCCCUCCAGCAAAGGUACAGCCAGUGUAAUCCCUUGUGUUUCUCUCUGGCCUACUCUGGUGUCCUGGUGUGGAGGAACUUGCAGCAACAGCAUCUGUUUAAAUAUGAAGUUGCAUUAGAGCGGGAUUCCUCUCUCAAGAUUCAUGUAAUGGCUGCACGCAAAGCCAAGAACCAAACAAAAGCAGUACAAAUCGAUGACUCUGUCACAGAGGACAGUUUUGAGGACGAAGAAGACUCCUCUCAACCUGUGGAACAGCAAAUGGAGACGCAAAGAGGCACUGCUGCUUUGUUGCUGUAUUCACUAAACAAAGCAACUUUACAUCUUCGCAGAGCCAUGGUAUUGGCCCAUCGUGGCAGCCACUGGACCACUCUGCAGUAUUUGUGUCAGACUAUGUGGGACCAGAGCUGCAGAAUCACUCUCCUAGUACAGAGAACUGCUCAAAUUGAAACUCCUUCUGCCCUCACAGCAGGCCAGCUACACUCCAUCUUCACCCCGCUACUGCUGCUGGCUACUGACCUAUGCAUGGAUAUGCUGAACAAACUUGGGCUGUGGAGUUUGUAUGAUAAUGAUUUGAGUGAGGAGAAACUCGAAUCCAGGCUGCACUACUCAGCACCACUCGAUGACAGCACCCACGUGGACCUGCGCUGGAUCCGCACCUUGGUGUUUCACACUCUGGAGCGUCUUCAUGACAGUGGCAAAUGGGAAAACUUGGCCCACUUGGCCAUUCUUUUCAACUCAUAUACUCGUGAACGUUACGCCCUGAUAGUAACUCCUCUAUUAGUCCACGCUCAAAGGAGGUUGCUUGAAAGGAUUAGUUAUUUUGGGGGGCCUGCUGUCCCACAACCUCACCAUGUCAAGACACAGAAGAUCACCGGCCAAGAGGUAACCUACAAAAGUUAUGCAGGCUCCCAUAUGCUCAGUGCAUGGACUGCUCAGCAAGGACAACAACCUAUUCACAGAAAAACAGCACUCAUGACCUCCAUUCAUCAAGAAACAAAUGAACUGAAAGGUGCAGAGAUGCAGCGCUCCAUGUCCCUUGUAUGCGUUCCUCUGGAUGUGGAAGACACACUCACCUGCCAUCGUCAAGCUCUUGAGAAAAGACCAUAUUGCCUUCAGAUCUUCCAGCACAGUCGCUCACUACUCGUGCUGCUUCUGGCACACACACAACCCCGUUUUGUGACACAGCUGCAGUACAGUCAGAACAGAGGUCACAGCCAUUCUGAAAGCCUGGUGGAUUUCAGUCCACUUGUUAUGUCCCCUCCAAACCUCCAACCAUCUGACAUGAAAGAAGAGGACUACAGUACUCCAAAUGCUAUCUACGGAAUUCCUAUUAGCCCUGAAAACAUGCCCAGGGUCGCUGCUGCAUAUUCCACCACCAUAAAGUAUCUCCAGGCUAACAGUCAUGACUCCCUUAGAGUUUUGGCUCUGCAUGAAAUGGGAAACCUGCAGUUCUACAAUGGAAACACUCGGGCAGCACACUCAUCCUGGAAAAAAGCUGUGGAUUGUGCCUUACAGACCUCAGAGGUUCUAAAGAAAUGGGAUGGCAUGUCCAUUGAGGGUGGUUCCCUGCAGCAAACACUAAAACAGGCUGGUACUUGGGGUUGUCUGCAGGCUGCUGUCCUCACUGCUAAGAUAGCACAAUAUAUUUUAUCUUUUGAUAUCAGCAAACGAACCAAGAGCUGCCUCCUAUCUGCUCACCUCUUUAAGUGUGUGCUUUACUGCUCCAUGGCUCAACCCCAGAUCGAUCUCGAGUAUGCCUCCCACAACAUCAGAGAUGAGUUACUACUUGGGGUUGACCUUUUCUCUGAACCCCAGAGGCUUCAGCUCAGCACAACUGUAACAAGCCUAACCUUCAUUUGCCACUGGCUUUUCAGCUCGGGCUACUACAUCACGCUACUGCCAAUACUAGCCCUUUACCUACAUUUUGUGGGAACUGUGUGCAGAGAUGUGCAGCGCACUGUAGGGGGAAAAAUACUGAAGAUCCGUGUCCUUACUGAGCUGCAUCUAUACACUGAAGCUGUUAAAGAGACAGUAGAGCUAACACAAGGAUCAGGGGUCUUUUUUCCAUAUGGACAAUAUAUCACAAAGGCCAAUCCUCAACCUGUGAAGACUUUCUACAGCAACAAGUCUCUUCUGGACAAUGUGGAGGCUUUGGAAGAACUCGUGAACUGUGAUUUUACCCCGGAGGUACGAACACUGUAUGGACUCACACUUUGUGUCAGAUUCAACCUCGCUCGUAUUCAACUCUUCCUGGCACUCAGUGACACUGUACAUGGCCUUCCUGCGCCAGGAGAAGCCUGUGGCAGCGUAACAAACAGUUUGGUGAAGUCAAAACAACAUGAACAGGACAGUUCCUACCCAAAGACAGAUGGGCCAAAAGUUUUCAUUGUUGAUAUUGAAAAGGAGAGUCUUACCCCAGAAUGUGUUAAGUUGCUUUUGCUAGAAGAAGCAUCCUUCUUGCUGCACUCCAUUUCGCAGCAGCUCACAUCCCUUUCCUGUAACAAUAUGGAGGACCUUGAACUGAGAGUAGAAUCUAAUCUUCUUAAAGCUAACCUCUACCUCCAGCAGGGACAUGCAACACUUAGCUCAGAGAUGGCAGUUUCAUCUUUGGUCCUGCUGCAGACGUUGGCUUUCAAUGACACUAAAGGCUGCAGUGAGGAAAACACCCUGGAUGGAGAUUGUCCCAGAGCAGUUGAGGCCUUUGAGAGAAUUGGAGUUUCUCUGUGGCUGCGCUGCCGCCUGGCUCUGGUACAUAGCCUUGCUGCCCACAUCCGUGACUCUGCUGCUCUUUUCCCAGGUAAGAACCUUAAUGAAGUGGCAGCUCAGGUGUUACAGGAGGCUAUUGAUGAAUGUGUCCUCUGGGGAGACGUCGAUUAUCAGGCCCUGUUCAUGCUCAAAUGUGCUGAAUUGGAAGCCCUGAGAGGCAAGACUGAUGACUGCAUGGCAAUGCUGCAGGAAGCAGUGAGCCUGCUCUCUGGAAGGACAUGCAUGCCACCAGGGUCCCAUGUGACUCUGAUUCGGGCUACUUUGAUGCUCAGUGACUUGAGAGGAGAACAAGACACCAUACUUCUUCAACUGGCACAAAAACUAUUGAAAAAGCAGCUCGAUGUUUUCGGUGAGAGUGUGGUGUUGAUUGAUGGAAAAAUAUGUUUCUCUCCUCCUGGACCCAGAAACAUUUACCUCCCUUUCUUCAACAUACUGAACCAGAACACUUCACAAAUAGGUGAGGGUCUUGGUGCUAUGGAAAGGCCAGUCUUUCCCCAGUAACAACAAUCCAUAUCCAGGGAAAGUUCAUACCAUUUCAACCAGACCAGAAACCCUCAAGCAAUUUCCUCUCUGAACAACCCAAGCACCUCCUAACCUGAAUGUCACUCCCUAUAUGUUGCACUUAGCAAUGCUCUCUUCCAGUCAUAUGUGCAUAGUCAUAGCUGGAUGCUGAAGUGGGUACUAGACUAUGUAGAAAGUGUGUUUCAGUUUCUGAACUGCAUGUUUUAAUAAAGAAGGGCUGUUGCUGUAUGUAUGUAUAUCAUGUGUAGUGACUUCUUCUUUGUACUUGAGAGCUGAAAUGCAUUAGUUACCAUACUACUACUGUUGUAGUGUAAUUUUAAAGCCUGUGAUGUGCUAAAAAGAAGAUAAAUGCAUAAGAUGCAUACUGAAUGAUUUGACAUCAUGUUUGAUUAUAAGGUUGUAUUGAUUAUGAUGAUAUAUUGAAUAAUAAUACCUUUAGUUUGAUCAUGUUUGAUUAUAAAGUUAUGAUUGAAUUGUAAUGAUAUGUCUGAUCAUAAUGUCAUUAGCUUGAUUACAACAUUAAGUUUGAUAUGAUGGGCCUUCACCAGGCAUAUGCUACUAGAACACAAAGGGAGAGCACUGGAAUCAAAAGUAUAUCUACUGUACUCCUCACAAGAGCACGUGUGUAUGUAGAAGAUAGUUGUGCUUAUCGCACUUGGUAAACUUAUUUUAAAAUAUAAUGAGCUUAAGAGUGAACGAGAAGAUAAGGGUGUAAAAUGGACGUGAGUAACUGUGAAACCGGGAGCCUAGGGAAAUUCCAAAACUACUGACGUAACUGCAGGUGUUUGAACCUGAGGAAAAAAAUAGAAAAGGUAUUUGGAGUAGAUCACGAUGCUCCAGAGCCAUGUGGCAUAUCUGGCAUCCAAGACCACAUGGCACACCAGGCAUCCCAGAGCCAUGUGGCACAUCUGGCAUCCCAGGCCAUGCGGCACAUCAACAGUGAUGAAGACAAUUUCUAAGGGUAUGAUUGGUUAAAAUAAGAGGCUAAGGAGGGUUUGCCCCAUGUAGGGGAUGGACAAGGGUGUGACUUGUGACGUCCCAAAGGUAUAAAAGAUGAGGACAGUAGCCCUCGCACCUCAGAGCGGGGUUGUGGUGACCAUUUUUUGUUCUGUGAUGCUGCUCUCCUUUUUUGCUGGCAAUAAAGAUCACUCUGAUGCUUUGGA